AGUCAGUGUCGAUCAGGGGGAGGGUGAGAAAAGACGGCUUUGAACAUGUGCAGAGAGGUGUGAGGAGUGAAGCUCAGAGCUGCACUGGCUGAAGCAGAGUGUGAGAAAGAGUGACAGAAGACUUUUUACAGUUUUUACAGAACAGAAGCUGCAGAGGCCCACAAGGAAGUAAGAUAACCAGCUUGGGAAAUGACGGUGUAAAUUAUUUGUUGUUGCUCUGCUCAGAAAAAAAAGGAGGUCUUGGAACAGAAAUGAAUGGUGAUGGCAGCAAACAGCGAUAUGUGUCAACCUUCAAGGUGCACAUCAAGCCACCCUGUGCAGGACCUGCAGUGGGGAAGAAGCCCCAAUCUAAUGACACCAGGACAUCAGAGAAAUCAUCUGAUACAGGGUCCCCCAAAAUCUCCUGUAAAAGCCUCGAUCCACCCGUCUUCAUAGAGCCCCUGCAUGACUUCUGCGUGGACGAAGGAAGUGACAUCACCCUGCGGGGGGUUAUCAGUGGAAGUCAGCCGAUCAAAGUGUCCUGGCUGCACAAUGGUGAAGUGGCCCGUUUUGGGAAGGCUUCCUUUGAUGGCAGGGAGAUGAGGUUUAUGGUGACGGAGUGCUUACCUGAAGAUGCUGGUGCCUACACAUGCCUUGCAGAAAACAGUGCAGGGAAGAUGUCCUGCUGCGCUGCUGUGUUUGUCAAAGACUUUGAAAGUAUCUAUGGUGCACAGAGCAGUGUAUCAAAGAAACCAACUUCUGCAUCUGAGGGCAUAACGCAGAAUGGACAGUCACCACAGUCUCCCAAAGACAAGCUGCAGAAAAUCAGUGGAUCUAUUUGCACCUCCCCUUCAGGCUUUGACACGCUUAGCCCAAUUUCAAGUCCAAAAGAGGUCAUUCCAAAGAAGAGAGCCAACUCAGGGGCAGGGACACCGCUUCACUUUGUAAACCCUCCACAGCACAUCAACGCAGAGCUGGGACAAACUGUCAGAGUGUCGUGUUUUUUCAACGGCAGCCCUCCUGUAGUGUCGUGUUGGAUCAGAAACAAAGAACAGAUAGUGGAUGGUCCAGAGCUGUGGGCAGAAAACACUGAUCGGAGCAGCACACUUGUAAUAGCAAAGGCUAAACCACAGCACACAGGUCGAUACACUGUGGUGGUGAAGGACCGCAAAAGCUCAGCACAACACACACUAACCCUUUCUGUUAUAGAGAGGCCGCAGCCUCCCUCCUCCUGUCCUGUAAUCUCCAUCACCUCCGCUACGAGCCUUGUGCUGUCCUGGUCGGGUCCCUGCUACGACGGCGGCAGUGCUAUCCUGGGUUAUGUGGUUGAGGUGAAGAACCAAGGACGUGAGGACUGGAGAGAGCUCACUGCCCAGUGUAAGAGUACGUCAUUCAGAGCGAGCUCUGGGCUGCAGCCUCAACAGGAAUACUGUUUCAGAGUGAGGGCCUACAACGCAGUUGGAGUGAGUGAGCCUGGACCAGAAUCACCAGUUGUAAGGAUGGAGCAGAAAGGUUUAGACAAACCACAAGAAGAGGAGCCACCUCAAGCGUAUGCCUGCAUCAACAUUGACUCUUCUCACAAAGUAACAGAUCACUACAAUUUGCUUGAGAAACUGGGAAUGGGAAAAUUCGGCCUCGUGUUCAAACUAACCCACAAAGAAACUGGACAUGUGUGCGCUGGGAAGUUCUACAAGGGCCGACGUGCAAAGGAGAGGGAGGCUGCUCGCAAAGAGAUCGAGUUAAUGAACUACCUCCACCAUCCCAAACUGGUUCAGUGCCUUGCCGCAUACGACCACAAGCCUGAGAUGGUCAUGGUCAUGGAGUUUAUUGCAGGGGGAGAACUAUUUGAACGCAUUGUGGAUGAUAACUUUGAGCACACAGAGCCGGCGAGUGUGCGCUACAUGCAGCAGAUCCUAGAGGGGAUCGCCUACAUGCACCAGCAGAACAUUAUUCACCUGGACCUGAAACCUGAAAACAUUGUGUGUGUUGACACCACUGGAACCUCCAUUAAGAUCAUUGACUUUGGAUUGGCCAGCAGGAUUGAUGGAAACACACCUCUAAAGGUGAUGCAUGGGACUCCAGAGUUUGUGGCACCUGAAGUGAUAAACUAUGAGCCUGUUGGUCCGGCAACUGAUAUGUGGAGCAUCGGGGUCAUCUGCUAUAUAUUACUGAGUGGUGAGUCUCCAUUCCAGGGUAACAGUGAUGCAGAGACUCUGGCCUUGGUCACAGCCGCCCAGUGGGAAUUUGACGAGGAAAGCUUUGAUGAAAUUACUGACGAGGCCAAAAACUUCAUCAGCUCCUUGCUCAACAAAGCUGCAAGACGGAGGAUGGCCUGUGAAGAGGCUCUUGCCCACCCAUGGAUGGCAGCAUUUGACUCUGGAAAUCUCUCCAACACCAAGAAUCUGUCCAAGGAGAAGAUGAAACGGUUUCUAGCCAAGCAGAAGUGGAAGAAAGCAGGAAAGGCCUUGUUAGCACUGAAGAGGAUGGCUCUGCUGUCUAAAAGUGACAGUUCAGGAUCUCCUACCAGCCCUGGAGAAGACUCACCCCUGAGCCCAGAGGCAGAGCAUGCCCUCCAGUCUCUUGAGCGCAAGAUGCAGGGCCCACCCAAGUUCACUCAGAGCCCAGAAAACCAGACAGUAGCUCAGGGGUCCAGUGCUUCUCUGUCAUGUCACCUGGAAGGAUACCCUGAUCCAGAGGUAGUGUGGUUGUGUGGUGAAGAGCCUCUGGUGGAGUCACCAACAGUGCAGAUAGAGUAUGAAGAAGAUGGCAGCUGCAUCCUGGUCUUAGCCAAAGUUGGCCGAGAAGACGCUAAUGUUUACACAUGUAGAGCCACCAAUGACCAUGGGGAGGCAUCAUGCUCAGCCACACUCACUGUUCUGGAGAAGAUGUAAUAUACUGAUGAAUGCAGAGAUAAAAAAGAGUAUGAGCAGUGUUUUCUCGAGUGAAUUGACAAGUUGUACCAUCUAUUUGUGUUUAAAUUCAAAUAAGAACCAAACUGUAUCUCCAGACUGGACAUAUCAAAAUGUAUUUUUGUACAUAUGAACAGAUAAAUAAUAUUACAGAGCUACAGAUAAAGGCUGAUAUUUAUUCAUGGAACUGAGAUAUGUUUUGUCUGAAACAAUCAUUCAGCAAAGUUGAGGAAAGUUGUGCGAUACCAAGUGUGUCUAUGUGCUCUUCCAGUUUCUCUGGAUCAUGGGAAGGGUGCUAUGCUGUUGAAAAAACAUGUGUUUUUAUCAUGUCAUUAAAGCGGUGUUGGACAGCCUAACUAUACACAACCCUGAAGUUUGGAUCCAAGGUAAACAACAUGCAAUCAAUCAUCCUUUGUGUUAAUCUGAGUGUGUAUGUUGAGAGGUGUAUAAUGGCAGCUUGGAUUUCCAUUUUCAUCAGAUUUUUCUCUCUGUUCUCUGAGCCAAGGAGCUUUCAGUUUGAGACAAACUGCUAUAGUCAUGUUCUGCUUUGUCUGGGGGCGCUAGCUUGUCUACAUUUGGAUGAAAUCUGGUCUGGGGUUGAGUGCCAAACUGAUGUCUGGCAACAUCAACAUGCAAAGGAAUUUCAAAAAGAUCUUGUAAAUAUAUCAGCUUUCAAUCAUGUUUUAGAAACCAGAUACCUACAAAAGGCACCCAAAAUAGACUGAUACUUAAGCCAGUUGAUCUCUCAUGUGCACCCUCUGCUGGAACACCAGAUCUCAACAGUAUCCACCUGUUUCUGUGACUGAACUUUGCCACAGAUUUGUUGUGCUUUUCCUGUUAAAUAGUGGUGUAAAUCACAAAAUCAGUCAGAAUGUAAGGGUGAAGAAAUAAUCGUGCUACUGUAAAUGCAAUGUUGCUGGGUUCUAAUUUGUUAAUGUCAAGUUUGACAUCAUUUAUAGUUAUAUGUUAACCAAUAAAAACUUGACUUUGGACACAAA